UCCAAGGAAUCCAAUCUCAAGAUUCAACAAUGAGAAAUCCAUCUUCUUUUUAAACUUUUGGGUCUGCUGGAUUUUACUUUAAUACUCUUUCUAUUUUGCUCAUUUUAUAAUCUUCACAUUGGGGCGAAUGGGUUCUUUGUUGAUUGUUUUUUGGAGUUCUUAGAUUGUUUUCGAAUGGGUGAUUUCCACAUCGUUUUCAGAAUUGGGUGUUUCUCUUGAGACGGCGGUUGUUUUUGUCGCCAUAUAAGCUGUUUGUUCAUUUAUGACUUUGGUUGUAAUCUGCUUGUAGUUGAAUAAGGUUUGGUUUCUUGACAGUUAUUCAGGAUGUUCUUGUUUAUGAUAUAGUGUUUAAUUGCCUGAAAAUUAUCAAUUGAAAAAGCUGAUAUUUGUUUGUAGUUUCAGUUUUAUAUUUGGCUGAUUUGGUAUCAAUUUGCUUUGUUAAGUUUCUAGGAUUGUUUAUUUGGAAGUUGUGGGGGUUUUCAUCUAAGCUUUGCACAUUGCUUUGUGUUUUAUGAGAACUUAGGUUCAGGGAGACAAAGGAGAAAGCCUGAUUCGGUUGAUUCGGGUGUCAGAUUUGUAACUCAAGAGGGUUUCGAUGUUUUGGUCUCUAGUUCGUUAAUUGUUGUGUUGGAGGGCUAAAGACUGGUUUUGGAAAUUUUUGAGCUUCAUGGAAAUUGUUGCUUUGAGGUUUUGGAUGUUGAGGAUUGAUGUAAAGGUCAACUUUUGUGGUGUUGUGCUUGGGUAGUUUUUGGGCAGAAAUGGAUUCAUGGCUUGUUGUGGCAGCUGCAGCUGGAUAUUUUGCUAAAUUUUGGGAAAAUCUUACAACAGUUAGAAAUGGAUUUCCCGAGGUUUCUUCUGCAGAUUCCGGAAAUGGGAUGUCUACAACUGGGAAGGAUCCUGUCAACAAAUUUGCUACGAUAAGGAAACUGCUGGAAGAUGUUUCUCCAGAGAGAAGAAAGUUUUCAGAUAGAAAAAAUUCUGAUAUUUAUGGACUUAAUGUGGCUUCAGCUGCUGAAGUGGAUUCGGCUGGUGGACUCAAUAGUGAAAAGAUAGGAAGAUUGGGAAAUCAUAAGGAUUGCGAUGCAAUUUCUCAAUCAGGUUUAUCACCAGUAUCAUUGACAAAUGAAAACCUAAGAGAAGAUCAAUUUGGAAAAGGGCCGGGGGUUGAUAGUGGUAGUGAUUUUGCUAAACCUCUUAUCUCUAGAAUGGACCCUUUUAACGAGUCUAUGCAGAAAAAAAGCUCUCUUAAAACUAAACAUUCGUACGGGCGUUCACUUAAACCGCUAAGCUCCUUAGAUAGUUGUCUCAUGGCUCAACUACAUAUGCAACAUGUUAAAAUGGAGGAGUAUGUACUUAGUUCUGUUUUGCUACCAGCCACACCGAUCUUGAGACCAUUGCUGAUAACUGAUGGAAGCCGAAUAAUCAACAGAGCAAGUGGUGAUUUUUCUAAUGGAUCAAAUGGAACCGGGGACAAUAAGUUGCACAAUCAAGCCACCUUUGAAAAGAAUGAAUAUGUUUAUGCAAUUCCGCCCUUGCCAAAAGUUGGUUCUUCAGAUCUCCCUGAGAAGUUGAAACUCAGGAGCGAAAAUGCGUGUGAUGGAAGACCAAGCAUUUCUUGCAAAAUUGAUUCCAAAAAGCAGUUUCAUACACACUGUGGUCGUCAUAAUGGAGAGGUUCUAUUUUGUAUUGGGAUUUCUAUUGGAAUAAUAUGCUCUUAUAUAGGAAAUAGAAGGGAAGUCGAGAAAUUGAGAGGAUUGUUAAAGCAGACCGAGAACUUGGUUCAAGAUCUUCAAGAGGAACUCGAAAUGAAAGAUUCCUUGACAGUAAAGGAGCUAGUCAAUGAGAAUUACGAAUCACGAGAAACACAAGACGAUUCCUUUCUCGACAGGGAAACUAAUAUGAAUAAUUUAACAAGAUUUGAUGUUAAAGAAUCAUAUCAUCAAAAGGCAGAGAAAAGUUUGGAGUCUAUGAGUAAAAUCGAAGCUGAACUCAAAGCCGAACUCGAGAGGUUGGGUCUAAACAUGAAUGUACCAAAUCCCGAGCACAGGCUUCCCGAUCUUAUCGAGAUUGACCCAGAUUUUGUAGCAGAUUUUGCCGAAGGUGAAUUGAGAUCUGAUAUGGUCACCGGACAGGCUCUUGCCCAAUCUAUGUCUAAUGAAGAUAGAAGCGGAACCUCGACUACUCGUUCAGCAAAUUAUGCAGUUUCGCCUCGAGAGUUGAGCUUGCGAUUGCAUGAAGUGAUUCAGUUAAGGCUUGAAGAACGAGUACAAGAACUUGAGACAGCCCUCGAGAACAGCCAGAGGAAGGUGAAACUGAUGGAAUCAGAGAAUAAGAAUCCUGACAAAUGGAAAUAUUCGACAACCCUGGAGAGUCCUCCAGUAAAUCAAGAUCCUUGUCGCACAUUGAAGCCUCGAGUUCCAAAAUUAUCAUGGGAAACUCCAGAUCAUGCAUAUGACGAGGCUUUUGAAGAGGCAAUAGAAGAGGGCAAACCAUUACGUAUUUAUCAAAAUAAUCAAGGAAACAUGGCUUGGGGUGAUCAAUAUGAUGCAAACAAAUUGGACGAAACAUUUUAUGAUCAGGUAAGAACAUCAAAUGAUCAACCUUCAAGAGUCCAGGAAUUACUUGAUGUGAAUGUAAGUGAAGGUGAAUGUAGUGAUAAUGAUGAUGAAAUGGAGAAGCUAUUGAUACAGCAAAUUGUGGAGAAAACCAAGAAAGGAUCUCCUGUAUUGCUAAAUGCACAAAGAAUAUUGUUUUCCAAGGAUGAAAUUUAACGUUUGAGAAUCGGAUCGAAAUCGAGACUGAAUUUUUUGCAGUUUA